GAGAAAACCCAUAUCUCUCUGCAACGCUACCAAUUAAUAAUUUUGUGAUUCCUUGUUUCAAGUUUCAUAGGUGAAUUAGAUUGGAAGACGAAAUGGGUGGAAGUAGUGACUACAGAGAAGGAGGAGCUGUGAAGCGUAGAGGAUGCUCGUGCUCAAAGGAUGAUUUUCUCCCUGAAGAAUCCUUCAAGAGCUGGAGCAACUAUGCCAGAGCUUUAAGCGAGACAGGGAUGAGAUUGAAGGAUCGGGUUGUGACUCGGUCCCUGGAAGUCACCGAGUUGACCGAGGUGAAGGGUCGGAGUGAACAUGAGAUGAAGAAAAACCUCACAUGGUGGGAUCUCAUCUGGUUCGGCAUCGGCGCCGUCAUUGGUGCUGGAAUCUUCGUUCUCACCGGUCUUGAGGCAAAUUCCGUUUCCGGUCCUGCCGUUGUUCUGUCGUACGUUAUCUCCGGCAUCUCUGCUAUGCUUUCCGUCUUCUGCUACACUGAGUUCGCCGUUGAAAUUCCAGUUGCAGGUGGAUCCUUUGCAUACCUAAGGGUGGAACUAGGUGAUUUUUUAGCCUUCAUUGCCGCCGGCAACAUCAUCCUUGAGUACGUCAUCGGUGGAGCUGCCGUGGCCCGGUCAUGGACAUCCUACUUUGCCACCCUUUGCAAUCACCAACCUAAUGAUUUCCGCAUCGACGCCUCACGCCAACUAAGCGCAAGCUAUGGUUACCUAGACCCAAUUUCCAUCGUGGUCAUCGCCGCCGUUUGUGUUCUCGUUGUCUAUAGUACCAAGGGCUCAUCCCGCUUCAAUUACAUUGCCUCAAUCCUCCAUGUUAUUAUCAUUCUCUUCAUCAUAAUUGCUGGUCUUACCAAGGCUGAUACCAAGAACUACACCCCAUUCGCACCAUUCGGUGUUCGAGGUGUUUUUAAGUCAUCGGCGGUGUUAUUUUUCGCCUAUGUUGGGUUCGAUGCAGUGUGUACAUUGGCCGAAGAAACUAAGAACCCCGGCCGGGAUAUCCCAAUUGGAUUGGUUGGAUCUAUGGUGAUCACUACUAUUGCUUAUUGCAUACUAGCCAUCACAUUAUGCUUAAUGCAACCAUAUGGAGAAAUAGAUCAAAAUGCUCCUUUUUCUGUUGCAUUCCAAGCAGUUGGGAUGAAUUGGGCUAAGUAUAUUGUGGCUGCUGGGGCAUUGAAGGGCAUGACCAGUAGUUUGCUUGUUGGUGCUGUGGGUCAGGCAAGGUAUUUGACACACAUGGCUCGUACUCACAUGGUGCCUCCAUGGUUGGCUCAUGUCAAUGAAAAGACUGGAACUCCAGUUAAUGCUACUGUAGUCAUGCUUGUUGCUACAGCUAUUAUUUCCUUCUUCACAGGUCUUGAUAUCCUUGCCAACCUUCUCUCCAUCUCUACACUAUUCAUCUUUAUGAUGGUUGCCGUUGCCCUUCUUGUCCGCCGCUACUAUGUCACCGGCGUGACACAACCAAAGCACCGGAACAUAUUCAUUGUUUGCAUUGUUUUCAUGAUUGGAUCCUCAAUCGCGACCGCUACUUACUGGGCUACGAGUAUGAACGGUUGGAUAGGAUACACGAUAACCGUGCCAAUUUGGUUAUUGGCUACUAUUGCAUUGUGGUGGUUUGUUCCACAAGCAAAGCAACCAAAGGUGUGGGGAGUGCCACUAGUACCAUGGUUGCCUUCAGCUUCAAUUACUAUUAAUAUUUUCCUUCUGGGUUCAAUUGAUGGGGCAUCAUUUAUGAGGUUUGGAGUAUGGACUGGACUACUUUUGGUUUACUAUAUCUUCUUUGGGCUUCAUGCAUCUUAUGAUACAUCGAAGGAACUGACCGAGAAAAGGGUUCAGGCAGCCGCAUCGCUGAAGAUGGAAGAGGGAGCUCCAAAGGUAGUACCAGAUGAGAUGUAAUUGGCAUGAACUAAAAUUGAUUCUGUGGUUCUAGCUGCUACACAAUAAAUCAAAAUUGUAAUUUAUGAGCUCAAAAAGAUCUUUGGAAGUCCACUAAGAUUCAUUAUACUUGUUUGGAACUGGACACCAUUUUAGGGAUCUAAGAAAACUAUGUCUUGUACUAGAUGAACUAUGGGUUGUAAGUGUGUGUUUGUUCUUGGCUGUGCACAUAACUUCAACAAUUUGGUUUGGAAGAUGAAUCCUUCUU